AUGGCCACCGCCGGUGCCUUCACGGGUCCCCGGGACUCGACAAACUCAGUCUCGAGCAUCCGCUCAGGCAGCCGUCACCAGCUCAAACGAUCCAUCACCGAGCUCACUUCGCCCGUCAAGCUGAGCCGGCGCAAGGAGAAGGAACGCGAGCGCGACCGAGACCGCUAUCAUGACGACCGCACCCCGCCUUCGCACUACAUAUCCAUAUCCCAUCCCGUGUCGGUGAGCCCGUAUUAUCAAGGUCGGGCAUCGGUUGAGAUCAUGCCUCGGUCGGAGGGUGUCACGCCUAUGAUAAGCCCCGACCAGAGUCGACGGCCAAGCGUCAUGCUGGCCAGGGAGGAAGAGAAUAGGAAUGGGAACGCGGCUGUUCCCGUGGAACCCAAAUUGAAUAAGGAGGAGAAGCUCAAGGAGGAUCAAACAAAGUCAUCCUCGCAGGUCGAGGGCCUGAAGCAAUCACUCGUCGAACUCGGCACGUUCUCGACAUCGACAGCCCGACGACUCGACGAGACCUACUACGCCGUUCUCGAAAAGAUGACUACACUCCAAUCCACCGUAUCGGUCCUUAAGGAGCUGGCAGAGGAAUCCCAGAGUAUUCAUAACAACUUUGAGAAGGACGCGCGCGAGAUUGAAAAUGACAUCACGGCACAAAUUGCAGCGAUGGGGCAAUUUGAAGAGCAUCAGAACAAUAUCGAAUCCCUCCAGGCUCGAAUCCAAGAUGGUCGUUCCAGGAUCCGGGCCUUGAGUGAACGGGUUGAUAUUGUUCGUGAACGAGUUGAGCGCUGGGAGCGUCUCGAUAAGGAGUCCCAAGACAAAACGCGACUGAGACUGAGGGCCAUCAUGAUCUGCAUGUCUGUCAUCAUGCUGACAAUGCUUGUUCUAUUCUUUGGCGCCCAGUACUUAUCGCCAAACGGGGACAUUAUUGAGGACUUGGCGCGUAUCUCUUGGCUCAAAGAUGUCACGGCAUUGGUAUCAGCCAAGGCCGUUGUUUACAACCAUGCAGCCGGAUCAGAAGCCAUAUUUACCGUACAAUCCAUCAACUAG